CAUUUACUGCUACUCAUUUUCAUUUCAUUUGACAUCAAUCAUUUUGCUGUGGGUGAAUAUACGUUUUUGCCAAAUAUUAUUCUGAGGAUUUGUUUUAUAAUCCCGCUUUAAUAAUGACUGAAAGUCAGGAAAAUAUUUUCCUCUUCGUUCCUAACAUUAUUGGUUUUGGGAGAGUAAUCCUUGCAAUUAUAUCCUUUUAUUUUAUGCCAACACACUGUAUUUUGGCGUGUGUUUGCUAUGUUACUUCUGCCUUAUUGGACGCUAUCGAUGGGCAUGCCGCAAGAUACUUUAAUCAAAGCACGAAGUUUGGUGCAAUACUGGAUCAACUUACUGACCGUGCGGGCACUGCUUGCCUCAUGAUGACCCUGGCAACAUUUUACCCACAGUACACAUUCUGGUUCCAAAUAUCCAUGGCAAUUGACAUCACAUGCCACUGGCUGUACCUCCACACCGUGACCCUGCAGGGCAAGGCCUCCCACAAAUUCAUUGACAUGUCUGAGAAUCCUGUCAUGCGUAUCUAUUACACAAACAAAUUGGUUCUCUUCUUCAUGUGUGCUGGCAAUGAAGCGUUCUAUGCAGCUCUCUAUGUGAUGUACUUCUACAGUGGACCUACAGUUCUUGGAGUUGGCCUGUACAAGCUGAUUGCUAUCAUCUCAGCACCAGUAGCUAUUGUGAAGGCUGGAAUAUCAGUUCUGCAGGGUGUUGUUGGGGCCAUCAACUUGUCUACUAUUGAUAUCAAUGAGCGGGCUGCUCUAGCUGCUAAACAAAAGAAUUAAACACAAUACAAUUAGGUCACAAGCAGAAUGUUAUACUAUUCAAAGAAUUUAAAUACCCGAUUUGAAUUCAAUUUGAUUCCAAAAAAUAUUUGCAUAAUAAAGUUAACUGUUAAAGUAAAGCUAGUCACCCAAGAAUUUACAUUUAAGUACUAUGAAAAUCCUGCUUUUUAUUUAUUUUAUUGUUACCAAAAAAGAUGUUUUAUUGUGAAAAUCAUGGUUUGCCUAUUUAUGUUGUAAGCACUUCAAGUUGUAAUACUGUCAAUGUAACUGGUUUGUUUUUAUUUUAAUUAAUAAUUAUGCAAAUAUAUGUUUUUAUAAUAACUAUCGUGAGAUAUACUAAAUUAACUAAGCAAUUCAGUGAGCUCAUUGAGUCAAAUUAAUUCAGUGAGCUGCGCGACGUCGCCGCGACUGCGCACGCUGCUCAUGAGGAAGAACCCCUCUGUGGUUCGAAACUAGUAGAUUAGAUGUCACUUAUAAUGUUGACUAACUCUGUUAUUUAUUUGUUUAUUUAUAAUUAUGUUAAUUCACUAUGAUUUUAUUGUUGAAGCACAUGUAUAGUUUGCGAAUCUCCAUUUAACGUUGCGAAUAUUAAAAAUACCUUCUUCAUUGAGGUCCUAUUGUCGUCUUUGUAAGCUUGAACAAAAAUAAUAUUUUAUGGUAAUGGUAGUAUGUAAAUGGUUUGAUGUGAAUGUGAUGUCUUAGUGGUGCAAUUAUUAUGUUGAAGUAGUAUGUAGUGUCUAAUUACUGAUGUAAAAUUUAAACUUCCACUAUGGAUAUUUUUUUUUUAACUGUUUGUAAUCUCUACCUGAAAGAUCAACAUAAUUAAUCCAAUCGCAUUUAUUAUUCCAAGAUUAAUGGAUUUUAUUUUUAGAUACCUUUUUAUAUAUUCUUUUCAUUUAUAUUUACAUUCCAUCCAAUAUGAUAAUCAUCCUAUUUGUAUAAAACACAGGCUUAUAUUACUUUAUUUUGGUAAAAGCAUAUUACAGCAGUAAAAUAUGAUAACAUUUAUCUCAUUUAUGAUUUACUUUGCAACUUUAUGAUAGAACAGAUAAAAAUAUAAUCUAGUGGUGCCAAUAUUGUUUAGAAAACUACAAGAAACUGAUUGUAAAGAAAGUUUAAUUGAAUUUAUAAUAUUCUUGAAUUGUAUCAGUCUGUUUUCUAUUGAUUUUGGAAGUAAAUAAACAAGUGAUAGAAAUGUGAAGUUACACACAAGCUAAGUGGUAAUUGACAAUAGUCUAAUCUAAUUUAUAUUACGUAACUAUUUAUUCUAAUUGCAAAUACCGAAGACUUGCAAGUAGUCAAAAGGAAUUACUUUUUAUAUGAGCAACAUAAAAGAGAUAAAUAUGCAUAUUAGAACGCAUUUUUAUGAACAAAUCUCUUCAUUGCAAUAGAACAUUCAUAUAUAUUUUAUGACAUCAUCACAAACUAGUUGGUCAUUAUGUUGGUAUAUUGUAUGUAGGUGUACUUCCAAGUUCAUAAUAAUAAUAAUAAUAUUGCACCUAUGUAUAUUCUAUAAUCGAUCUCUGGGCGAAAUCACUGAUAUGAUAAGAGUAAUUUAUAAAUCUAUGGGCGAAAUAUAUGAAUAAACAAAAGGUAUUUACUUUAUCAAAAGUGAAAUGAAUUUGUUGUACAAUCUGGUAGGCUGAGCCUAAUAUUAUGUUUAAUAAUUGAUAUUUGUAUAUUAUGUGUUGACCCUAAUAAAAGUAAAAAGUAA